CUGAAGUCAGAACUCGGUGUGGACCGAAAGCGGAAUGGACUCGUGUUAACUUUGCCACGUUCGCUCUUGUUUGUUUGUUUGUUUGUUUGUUUGUUUGAGAGAGGCAGUGAUCUUGGGACUGUGUGUGUGUGUGAGAGUGUGUGUGUGUGUGUGUGAGUGAGAGAGAGAGAGAGAGAGCUUGCUUUUCUCCGCCAUGCCGGCUCGGGACCCAGAGUGCGGUGCGCGCGGUGCGAGCGGCUCGUCGGUGUUGCGCUUCAGUCCCACAGCAGUGAGCUCGCGCGCCACACACCGCCGCCGCCGCCGCUCGGCCCUGCUGCCGUCUGUGCUCACGUUCGCCGUGAUCGUGGCGUCCGGAGGCCUGCUGCUGCUCAUCGAGAAGGGAAUGCUCAACGGCAUGCACACUCCAUCACCUCUGGCCAACGGCAAGAAGCCAGAUUACCGGGUCGCGCCGCGGGAUCCAGCUGUGGACGGGGAAUUGCAGAUUUUGCAGGAUAUCCGUAACCGAACUAUCCGGGCGAUGUGUGGCCAGCAGAACACAGCUCACAGCGUGUGGUCUCUCAGCUCACCACAGAGGAAAAGCCUGCUGCAGCACAUCCUGGUGAACGAGAAGUAUCGCUUCCUCUACUGCUAUGUACCCAAGGUGGCCUGUUCCAACUGGAAGCGAGUGCUGAAGGUGUUGAGCGGCGCGCUGGCUGAUGUGCACGUUCAGGUGAAGAUGGACCACCACUCCGACCUGCUCUUCCUCUCGGACUACUCGCCUGAGGAGAUUCGCCACCGUUUGCACCACUACUUCAAGUUCAUGUUUGUGCGCGAGCCGAUGGCACGUCUACUCUCUGCUUACCGGAAUAAGUUUGGUGAGAUCAAGGCCUACCAGCACAAAUACGGUGCGGAGAUCAUCCGGCGUUACCGUAAGGGUUAUGCAAAGAACAUGAAAGUAGCCGGGGACGACGUGACGUUUGCGGAGUUUGUGCGCUACUUGCUGGACGAGGACCCUGAACGCAUGAAUGAGCACUGGAUGCCUAUAUAUAACCUGUGCCAGCCGUGCACUGUUCAGUAUAACUUUAUAGGCUCAUAUGAGAGGUUAGAGAAGGAUGCAGCAUAUGUAUUGGAGCGCAUCGGUGCGCCACAGCAUGUACAAUUUCCUGAACGUCAGGCAUGGUAUAAACCUGUUACAAAGGAAACAUUGCAUUAUUAUCUAUGUACUGUUCCUCAGAAGCUGCUUCGGGAACUUUUACCAAAGUAUAUUCUCGACUUUUCUCUUUUUGGUUAUCCUCUACCCAAUAUCACCACUGAGUACUGUCGACACUAGCAGAGACUUGACCUAACAAUUGUCUUUUGUACAAAUGCAUAUUACAGCCAUUUCCUUUUUAUGCAAUCUGUGAAAUUACAGUAUUUUAAAUUCUUA